AUCUUGGGAUUCAUUCCGAUUCCAGUCGGCUUUCUCUCACAACCACAUAUCUCUGUCCCCAACUUCCUAGCAGACAUAACCACCAACCAUGUCUGUCACACUCCAUACCACGCAAGGCGACCUCAAAGUCGAACUCUUCUGCGAAUCCGUCCCCCAAACAGCAGAAAACUUCCUCGCCCUCUGCGCCAGCGGCGCAUACAACAACACGCCAUUCCACCGGCUCAUCCCUGGCUUCAUGAUCCAAGGCGGGGACAUCUCACUCGGCCCGGCCGCAUCCUCCACAACCGGCUCAAAACCGAUGCUCCCAUUCGAAGACAUCCCGAAAGGCGGCACCUCGAUCCACCACCCAGGCGCCCUGAACCAAGAAAUCCACCUCCCAGCGCUGAAGCACAACACGCGGGGGAUUUUGUCGAUGGCCUCUCGGCCCGUGAAGGACCGCACGGCGCCGGGAUCGCAAGGUGCGACGGGGGCGACGAUCAACGGGAGCCAGUUCUUCGUGACGCUUGCGGCGGCGGCGCAUUUGGAUGGCGCGAGUACGGUGUUUGGGAAGGUUUUGAAUUUGACGGCGCAGGAUGAGGGCGGAGAUGUGCUGACGAGGUUGGAGAAGGCGAAUGUGAAGGUUGACAAGAAGGGGCGGGUAGUGCAGCCGAAGGACGGGGAGGAGGGGGGGUUCGAGGCGUUGAAGAUCAACAGGGUCACGAUACAUGCUAAUCCGUUUGCGAAGUGA